UGGUCGGAGGGGAGGAUGGGGUGGUCGUCAGGGGGUAAAGGUGGGAUGGAGAAAGUGCGGAGGGUGCUUAGGACGGCGUAUUUCAUGGUGCUGAUGAUGGCGUCGCUGGUGGUGCAAUCGGCGGCGGUGCUGGUGGCUAUAGCGGACGUGCUGGUACCCUGUUUUUUGAUUCAGAGCUUCACCUGUGUAACGUGUUACAGUUUUAGAGAGCAUUUGCGGAGAUACGGUUUCAGGAGUUCAUUAAUGGAUAUUCCUUUGGUCUCCAUCAUCAGAUCUCUCAUCAUCAUCUGUGUUUAUUCAAUGUGUGAUGGGCCUGCUCUUUCACAUGGACCGUAUCUUGGAACUGUCACAUUAUGUUCUGUUGCUUCAGUUCUUCUUUUAUCUGUAAAGGCUUGUAUUUUUACUGUCAAUUCGCAACUUGAGGCUGAAGCAUCAUCUUCUCUAACAAGGCAGAAGCUCCAUUUAAAGAAGUCAUGGGGUAUGCCUGUGUUGUUUCUCUCAUCUGUGGUGUUUGCUCUUGGCCAUACUGUUAUUGCCUAUAGAACUAGUUGCAGAGCAAGGAGGAAACUCUUGUUUCACCGGGUUGAUGCAGAAGCUGUUCUUUCUUGCAAAAUUGUUUUCUCUGGUUAUCAGAAAGUUCCACGAUCACCCACUCCAUCUGCCGGCAGAACACUACGAAGUGGCAGUGAAAUGAAGCGAAAACCUGGAUUAUUAGCUCGCGAUCAAGGCGAUGUUCCAGUUAGAUUACUUGCUGAUAUUGACAGCUUGUUCAUGUCUUGCCAAGGGCUUAUCCUUCAUUACAAGCUUAGCACGCCUGGUUCACCUGCUCGUUCCUUGUCUUCUACCAGUUUUCUUGGCAAACAACCAUUCAAAGUUUUACCCAAAGAUCAGUAUCAUCUUCGCAGGAGCUUCAGUAAUCAAUUCAGUACCUCCUCACUCUCCACUCCUCUCUUAGAUGGGUCUCCUACCUCCCCAGUUUUGUCUGAAGACAUGCCUAUCCUCAGCCUUGAUGACACUGUUGAUGAUGAUGAGGGCAGUAAAUUGGGAUCUCCAGUCUUAGAACAAGAUUUGGAAGCAUAUGGACAGUUUGGGAUUGUUUUAAUACAUGGUUUUGGUGGUGGUGUUUUUUCUUGGAGAAAUGUGAUGGAUGUAAUGGCUCGGCAACUUGGUUGUCCAGUCACUGCUUUUGACAGACCUGGUUGGGGAUUAACAUCAAGGCCACGGUGCAAGGAUUGGGAAGAAAAUCAGUUGCCUAAUCCAUACAAGCUUGAUACUCAGGUUGACUUGCUGCUUUCUUUUUGUGCGGAGAUGAGGUUUGCUUCAGUUGUACUUGUUGGUCAUGAUGAUGGAGGGCUACUUGCACUGAAGGCUGCGGAAAGAAUCCAGUCGCCAGACAAUCCCACUAGUGUUGAAAUCAAAGGUGUUGUACUACUUAGUGUAAGCUUGUCUAAAGAGUUGGUCCCUGGCUUUGCUAGAAUAUUACUUAGGACUUCCCUUGGGAAAAAGCAUUUGGUUCGUCCUCUACUGCGAACUGAAAUCACUCAAGUAGUAAAUCGGCGAGCAUGGUAUGAUGCUACCAAGCUAACAACUGAAGUCUUGAGCCUAUACAAGGCCCCAUUAUGCGUAGAAGGUUGGGAUGAAGCUCUUCAUGAGAUAGGAAAGUUAUCUUUUGAAACAGUCCUAUCGCCACAACAUGCAGAAUCUCUGCUUAAAUCUGUUGAACAACUGCCAGUUUUGGUUAUUGCGGGAGCCGAAGAUGCCCUUGUGCCUCUAAAAUCUGUUCAGGCUAUGGCUUCAAGAUUUGUGAAUUCUAGACUGGUUGCAAUAUCUGGUUGUGGCCAUCUUCCACAUGAGGAGUGUCCCAAGGCAUUACUAGCAGCUAUAUCACCCUUCAUAAGCAGGCUUAUAUUAAAUCCGGAUUUGCAGAGUCAAUAGAGUGCUUUGAUUAUUCUUUUGACGUGCAAAUAGCUAGUGUUUUUUUGGCUUCCUCUUUUUCCUUUCUCCUCUUAAAAUUUUUUCUCUUUCGUCCGCCUCUUAUCUUAGGUUAUGUUUCUGCUUCAAAGGAAGAGUAUAAGCGCAUCUCUCCUUUUGGGCAAUUUUUUAUAUUAGUUUGGCGCUACCCUGAUUCUUUUGGUUUCGGAUCUUUCUCAAACAUGUAUACUCUCUCUUCGUCUCGACCUUUUUCUCAUUGGUAAGGGCUUAUUAUCCUUGUGUAAGCUUGUUGAACAGUGAAGUAAGGAAUCUUUGUACAUGUCUUUAGAUGAAAUUUAAUGCAAUUUAGUUUUGUUAGAAAGACUUGAAUGCAAUUUAGUCUUCAGAAACUUCUUUCUCCCUCCCCCGCGUAGCUUUUAUGUUUUGGGCAAGGUGAUGAACAAGUGAGGUCUUGUAAUUUUUUUUAUUUUAGAAAAAUUUAGACUCUUACUCUUUA